AUGUGCACUCGGCCGAGAAAAAUGUGCAUUCAUGUGCACUCGGCAGAGGAAAAGUGCACUCGGCUGAGAAGUCUCGGCCAGGAGCGCACCUCAGCUGUGCACUCGGCCGAGGAAAAGUGCACUCGGCCGAGAAGUCUCGGCCAAGUGUGCACCUCGGCCGUGCACUUGGCCGAGGAAUUGUGCACUCGGCCGAGAAGUCUCGGCCAGGAGCGCACCUCGGCUUAUGUGUUUAUAUGA